AUGGACCCGCGCAACACCCCUGGGAAUGGCGACGUCGACUGGAAUGACCCCAUGUUCAAUACUGCCUUCGAUGACAGCAUGAAUGAUGUAGUCGAGUUCGACAUCGACAGGUUCACCAACCACAGCACAUACCUCGACGAACAUGGCAUCAACAUGCGCACAUCUUCCAAAGCAGGAUUUGACCCUCCCACUGUCACCGGCGCACAGCAAGCACCCGCCGGCAUCCCCGUCGGCGCAUCUACAGAAAGCUCGAGUCAAGACUCGGCCUCAGACACGUCAAGCAGACGCAAGAGGAAAGUCACCGAGUCGCCUGGAUCUGUCUCAGCACAGGCCACCGAGACUGGAGUGAAGCUUGAGGAUGAAAUGGACAUGGCAGGAGCGUCCAACGUGCACCCAUACAACCAGGCGCCAGUCCAGCGCAUGGACGACCUUUCGCUCGAACACGCGUUAGAUGGGAUGGCGCCCUUUGAGUUUGUUGGCAACAGUAAUGCUGCCAGCCCUGAACAGAAUCGUGAUUUUGGCAUGCCUGUCUCCUUGGCGCAGAUGCACGUGCCCAUGGCGCACACGUAUCCGCCGUCUCCACAGCAGCAGACAAUCAAUCCCGGCAUGUUCCAGCUGGGCUCGGAAGACCCGAACGGAGCUCUCGACGCCACUGCCAUGUUCAACAAUGCAUCGCCUAAUGCAGUAUUUUCCACGCCAUCAUCAGACAGUAACGAGACCUUCAACGCUAAUCCAGCUUGGAACAACGGCAUGAUCCAGAACCCCACGUGGCCGCAGGAAUUUGGCAAUCAAUUUGCCUCACCAGGCGGUCUUGCCUUCACGCCAUCUCCUAGAGUUAACGGCGCGACACCACCGGCGACUACGCGGGCGGCUCCAAGCACUCUCGGCAGAUCCCCUCUGCACAUCGCCCCCAUUGCGGCCAAAUCGCGCGUGGAGACCCAGAUCAAUAUAGUGAUGACCUUGGAGACUCCACCGCCCGGCCUUGAGCAUCUCCAUUUACCACUUCAUACUAUUGCCAAAUCCAAGCUGCUCGCGAAAGAUGAGUAUGAACGCAGCAAGUCUCUGGAGCUGCAUACUAUGUUGGUGUGCACUUCAGCUAUGCACAACAAGCAGCUGAACGAGAGAGCACUACGGAAAGCCGCUCUCCAGAAUAAUGAUGAGAUCCAGCGACGUGCGGAGUUUGCGCGCGAGUCUGGCGACGAUGAUCGAAACGAUGCCAGGAAUGUGGAGGAUGCAGAAAAGCCAGCUAAUGGUGGCGAAGUCCGCAUAUGCCCAAAUUGUAUUCAAAGAGAGCGCAAACGGGCGGCGCGCAAGAAGUUGAAAAAGGAAGAAGAGCAACAGCACUGGGAACGUUACGAGACGGAACGAGUCGUGGUCUUCAACUCACAGGAGUACCUUGCAUUCAAGCCGUGGGAGAAGCCUCAGCAGGACAAUGUGCUCGAGGACCCACCAUACGUUCCACCAGAGGGCGCAGUACAGGUAGCAGCUGCCAUGCGUAUUGCAUGCUAUUGUCGCCACCAGAACGAGAAGGAGGGCUUCAAGGUCAUCUUCACGCUCAAGGAUCAAACGGGCAACGUGGUUGCUCAACAAAUGUCCGACUCGAUCCUCAUAACAGACGAUCAUAAGACACAUCCACCAAGUUAUUCGGCUACCAUGCCAGGAGAGUAUGACGGGAGCUAUGCAGCAUUUGGAGGUGCAUCGAACGGCCUUCCCAGCUCCCAGUCCAUGGUCAACCUCUACCAGCCAGGCCUACCAAACUUCCCAUCGUCGCGCUCUACUGGUAACCUGCAGGCCAUGCAGUACGGCCAGAUGUACAACUCGCACAGUCAUGUUCACCAGGUGCCGAACUCUGGCUACACCUCGCAGGCUACUUCAGCGACAAUGACACCAACGAGCUUGUCACGACCCGGCUCACCUACCAACGCUGGACACUCCGGGCCGAACAAGAAGCGUAAAGCUUCGGGAGGCGCUCAUAGGCGGCUUCCAAGUGGGCUGACCAUGACGCGAGUCGACACGAGCCAGCCGCCUUCUGCGACCAUGCCUUCUGCCAUGUCUCUGACCUCACCAUUCUCACCUUCAACAGAUUAUGCUCAGUCUCAGCAGUACAUGACAAUACCAGCCAACGGAGGUCCGGCGCAGUUCUUCGGUAGUGCACCACCAACGCCCAGCGAGACCCAGCAACCGUUCUUCACGCAAGCUACUCUGGAUCAGCAAUUCGCGCGAUCUCAGCAAGCGCAAGCCCAACAAGCUUACUUCUCACAUCCUUCGUCCGCCGUGCCCAGUCGGUCCUCUAGUCCGGUACUCACGCAGAGUCGGGCGAACAUGAAUGCAUACGCUAGACACCCAAUACAGACUCCGACGAAUACGAUGCAGGCACGACAAGCACCUUACCAGCAGCAACAAGCACAACAGCUACUACAGCAGCAGCAACAGCAAAUGGUCCAAGCAGGUGGCGGUGCAGAGCCCGAGACUUCAUCCCUCCCAGCCAUCACCAGGAUGGUGCCCUCAGAGGGACCUGUCCGCGGCGGCACCGAAGUCUCUAUCUUCGGCUACAACUUCCCUAACGGCAUGACAGUAAUGUUCGGCGACAAAGCCGCCGCCUCCACCUUCUACGGUCCACAAUGUGUCCUUGCGACUGCCCCGCCUAGCAGACCCGGCGGCGUUAACGUCACCCUCAUACCGCCGAAUGGGCAGCAGAGCACGCAGUAUGUGCCGCAGCAGAUGAGCCGACAAAUUUUCACAUAUAAAGAUAUCCUCGAUCCGAAAACGACGGAGAUGGCGCUGAAGUAUUAUUCGCAGCAACAGUCGGGGAACCCGGCGCAGUGGAUGCAGUAUGGCCAACAAGCGGCGCAGCAAUUCCAGCAGUCGAGCUAUAACGUUAGAGACCAGGGAGGCUAUGGGCAGGGGCCUGGGAAUAAUGGUUGA